CCCUUGGGUUAAAAACCGCUUUGACAAGGGUGUAAUUGCACACUGCAGUGUAGUAUACAGGUGUUAAGGCAGGAUUUUGAGCUGCAAUUCGGUUCCGCCCUGCUUGGAACUCACGACUUUCCACAGAGCCAAGAGUGUCCGCACCAUGUCUUCCUCUCUGCUAAAAGACGACAGUUGGAUCAGAAGAGACGAGGAUGAGUACGAAGCUGUUGACCGAGAUCCAAACUUUGGCUCAUCUGUCCUCACCCACUACAGAUCCACCGAUAGUUUAAACAGCCCUGUGGCAGAAAAUAAACAAAUUGCCAGGUCAACGUCUGUACAGGCUCUCAGCAAGAGAUUCAGCGGGAGUCAGGAUGAGCUGCCAACCAGCUCCUACACCAAGUCCCGAGUCUCCUACACUCAGAGCUCCCCUUCCUACAGGAGAACCGAUGAACCCAAUUCAAGCACCACCACCACCACAGUGAGCAAGGAUGGCAAAAUCACCGAAACCACAAUCACCAGCCAGAGUCUUAGAAAAAGUCCCUCCAAGACUUCGACAUUCAGUGAGCGGGUGCAGUCCUUCAGCAAAGGUGCUGAGGACAAACUGUAUGAUACGCUCAUCCCCAAUGCGAUCAAAGAUGAAACUGGAGACAGCAGAACAAGGCUCUCCAGCAGCGAGACUAGGACUUUGACAAGAAGCAUUAACGGGCCUGAAGAUGAGCUGUACGACACCCUGCUGGCAAAGGGCAUCUCCUCCGCUCAGUCAUCUUCAUCUUACAGCACCUCGAGCGUGACGAAGAGAGAGAUAGUGACGAUGGAGAGUAGCGUCGCACCGCUAACCACAUCCUACACCAGCCGCUCUUACACUGAUGAAAUUCCGAGCGCCCGCGUCACCUCCUACAGUGUCAGCAACAACCUGCCCAGUGACGACUACAGCAGCAAAAGCGGCAGCUACUACUACAGCUCCUCCACCUCAACCUCGUCCAAGCCCACCUACGAAUACACCAGUAUCAGCGGCCCCACUGAAUAUAGUUCCACCACAUACAGGAGCACCAGCUUGUCUGACAAGAUGCUCUCGAAUCCCACGACGUCCGUCAAGACCGUCUACACCAGUCCUGACAGGACAACCCUGGAAAGGGAACUUUGCACUUACUGCCACAAGCCCUUCAAUGGUGAUGCCAAGAUGAUCCUGGAUGAAAUGAAGAUCAGCUGCCAUACUUUCUGCUUCAAGUGUGAGGUGUGCAAUGGCACUCUGGGCCACCUGAAAGCUGGCGACUGCAUGUGGGUGUACAACCACAUGGUGCAUUGCCAGAACUGCUUUGACGUGACCAGAGAGAAAUGGCGCCACUGACUUCGCAUCUCAACCUCCACGCUAAAUAAAAAAAGCAAGUGAUUCAAUAUUUUAUUUUAUUUUUUAAUGUGAGGGGGGUCAUAUGGGUUCUGUUGCAUAAAUAUUUGUAUUAAUUCUGGGGUUUUGGAUGAUCAUAAAGAAUGGACGGACCUGUGUAGCACAUAACACAGCAGACAAUUGCAAUAGAUAUGUUCAAUAUAUUAUCUCUAAUAUUCUCUGAAGGCUUUUAAGGGACUCUUGGUUUGCAAUCUGAUAACAAUACUGUGAUGUGGAUGGCCGGGGUUGUUAUUCCUGUGUGCAAUAAAAGCAAUCACUGUAUUGACAUCAA